AUGACGAUUCGGAAUACAGUGGGACGAGAGGAAACCACCAAACCCGACGUGAUCUUGAGGAUGGAGCAAGGAAAGGAGCCAUGGUUGGUGGAAGAGGAAGUGCUGAGAAAUGGCCGUCCAGAAAAAAACGGGGACGUUGGAGGACAGAUUUGGAAGCCCCAGGAUGUGAAAGAGAGUCUCGCAAGAGAAGUCCCACCAAUCAAUAAGGAAAUGCUGACUACGCAGAAAGCCGUAGAACGUACCGGAUCUAAGAAAAUACUUCAACUGGACAUAGAUAAUGUUUCUUCCAGACUCAGAUUCCUCGAAUGUGACCCGUUUGAAAGGCAUUUGAGCCACAAUUUACAUUUGAAAAGCUAUGUACAAAAUGAUUCUGACAACGAUAAUGGAUACAGAAAAUUAGUUGGUGAGAAUCCAUCCAAAUUUAUAGGAAACCAGCUUAAAUGUGAUGCCUGCAGAAAGUUAUUCGGUUCAGAGUCGCGCCUUCGGAGUCAUCUGAGGCGGCAUGCUGGUCAGAAAUCCUUUGAAUGUUGUCACUGUGGAAAAGCAUUCGGGGAGAAGUGGAAGCUUGAUAAACAUCAGAAAACGCAUGCAGAGGCCAGGCCCUAUGAAUGUGAGAAAUGUGGAAACGCCUACAAGCAGAAGUCAAAUCUCCUUCAACAUCAGAAAGUGCAUACUAAAGAGAAACCCUAUCAAUGUAAGAUAUGUGGAAAAGCCUUUUCUUGGAAAUCAUCCUGCAUUAAUCAUGAGAAAAUUCAUAAUGCCGAGAAAUCCUAUCAGUGUCAUGAAUGUGAGAAAUCCUUCAGGCAGAACUCAACCCUCCUUCAACAUAAAAAAGUUCACACUGGACAAAAACCUUUUCAGUGUCCGGACUGUGGAAGGGCUUUCAUUUACAAGUCAGAUCUUGUGAAACACCAGAGAACACACACGGGAGAGAAACCCUAUAAAUGUAGCGUAUGUGAGAAGGCCUUUUCCCAGAAAUCCAAUGUCACCGAUCAUGAGAAAAUUCACACUGGGAAGAGAGCUUACGAGUGUGAUCUAUGUGGAAAUACCUUCAUCCAGAAGAAAAACCUCAUUCAACAUAAAAAAAUCCAUACUGGGGAAAAGCCUUAUGAGUGCAAUAGAUGUGGAAAAGCCUUCCUUCAGAAGUCAAACCUUCACACCCAUCAGAAGACUCACAGCGGAGAGAGGACCUACAGCUGUAGUCAAUGUGGAAAAACCUUCAACCGGAAACUAAACCUUAGUUUGCAUAAAAAAACCCAUACUGGACAAAAACCUUAUGAAUGUUCCGAAUGUGGUAAAGCCUUCGCGGACAAAUCAUACCUUGUUAGGCACCAGAAAAGAAUUCACUCCAAAUAG